AUUCGGAGCCCCGGGGUGGGUGGGGCUUGCUGCCAGGGGUGGAGCGAGCGCCCCGAUUGGCUCUGAGGAAAGCGGCGACGUGGCCGGAGGAGGCCGGUUGGGGCCUAAAUUGAAGCUCCGCCACCCGGGCUCUGGAUUGGUGGUAGGCGGGGCGGGCUGCGUCGGCGGCCGGAAGCAGAAGUGGAGGAAAGAUGCAGGAUCAUCAGCACGUGCCCAUCGACAUCCAGACCAGCAAGCUGCUCGACUGGCUGGUGGACAGAAGGCACUGCAACCUGAAAUGGCAGAGUCUGGUGUUGACGAUCCGAGAGAAGAUCAAUGCUGCUAUCCAGGACAUGCCAGAAAGUGAAGAGAUUGCCCAGCUGCUCUCUGGAUCCUACAUUCACUACUUCCACUGCCUAAGAAUUGUGGACCUUCUCAAAGGCACGGAAGCUUCCACAAAAAAUAUUUUUGGCCGGUACUCUUCACAGCGAAUGAAGGAUUGGCAGGAGAUCGUAGCACUGUAUGAGAAGGACAACAGCUACCUAGUGGAACUCUCUAGCCUCCUCGUUCGGAACGUCACCUAUGAGAUCCCCUCGCUGAAGAAGCAGAUCGCCAAGUGCCAGCAGCUGCAGCAAGAAUAUAGCCGCAAGGAGGAGGAGGGCCAUGCGGGGGCUGCCGAGAAGAGGGAGCAGUUCUACCACUCGUGCAAGCAGUAUGGCAUCACGGGAGACAAUGUCCGAAGAGAACUGCUGGCCCUGGUGAAGGAGCUGCCGGGUCAGCUGGCGGAGAUUGGAGCUGGGGCUCAGUCCCUGGGGGAAGCCAUUGACCUGUACCAGGCCUGUGUAGGGUUCGUGUGUGAAAGCCCCGAAGAGCAGGUGUUGCCCAUGCUGCGAUUUGUGCAGAAGCGGGGCAACUCCACGGUGUACGAGUGGAGGACGGGAGCAGAGCCCUCCGUGGUGGAGCGGCCGCACCUCGAGGAGCCUCCUGAGCAGGUGGAGGAAGACGCGAUUGACUGGGGCGACUUUGGAGUGGAGGUGGCUUCUGAAGGGACUGACUCUGGCAUCUCUGCCCAGGCUGCUGGAAUUGACUGGGGCAUCUCCCUGGAAUCGGAUUCAAAGGAAACUGGAGGUGAUGGGAUAGACUGGGGAGAUGAUGCUGCUGCUUUGCAGAUCACAGUGGUGGAAGCUGGAACCGAGGCUCCGGAAGGUGUUGCUAGGGGCUCAGAUGCCCUGACACUUCUUGAAUAUCCUGACACCCGGAAUCAGUUCAUUGAUGAGCUCAUGGAGCUCGAGAUCUUCUUGUCCCAGAGAGCGGUGGAGAUGAGUGAGGAGGCAGACAUCCUGUCUGUGAGCCAGUUCCAGCUGGCUCCAGCCAUCCUGCAGGGCCAGACCAAAGAGAAGAUGCUUACCAUGGUGUCGGUGCUGCAGGACUUGAUUGGCCGGCUCACCAGUCUUCGAAUGCAACACCUGUUUAUGAUCCUGGCCUCACCAAGGUACGUGGACAGAGUGACCGAGUUCCUCCAGCAAAAGCUGAAGCAGUCCCAGCUGCUGGCUCUGAAGAAAGAGUUGAUGGUGCAGAAGCAGGAGGAAGCACUUCAGGAGCAGGCAGCUCUGGAGCCCAAGCUGGACCUGCUGCUAGAGAAGACCAAGGAGCUGCAGAAGCUGAUUGAAGCUGACAUAUCCAAGAGGUACAACGGGCGCCCUGUGAACCUGAUGGGAACCUCUCUGUGACGCCCUCCACACUCUUCCUGCCCGUCUUCUCAGCCUCAGGAUGGAGGUGGGACAGCCAGGACUGAUGUUGUGGGGCCUUUCCCGGCAAGAGCCAGGCCACCUGGAGGAUGGAAAGCCAUGUGGUCACCCAGAUGGUGACCUUGGCACUCACUGUUUACGCUGCAGGAAGCUGUCUUGAUUAGCCUGUGGCCUGUCAGCUGGAAGCCAUAGCUUCUCCUUCUCGUUAAUCUAGUUGGACUUAAUAAAAGAGGAAGAGACUCUGG